GGCGACGUUUCGGUUGCUCCUCUCGUAUAUUCUGUCUUUUUCCUUGCUUUAUCGACAGCCUUGUUACCAGCAUUUUCCAUUAGCACCUAGCUCACAGGCUUUGCAAAUACUACCCACACUAAAGCCCUUGUUUCGAUUUUGAAGUCUUUUUAUCCCCGGAAAUGGUUACUCUGUCGAGUGUUGCCCGGUCAAUGGGCCGGCGAUUCGUAGGAUAUCCGAAACCCUACUUGUCUCAGUUCAGAACACUUCUUUUACAGUCCACUUCCCAAUGCGUAAACCUCCGCAGACUCUCUAAUUCCGAUUCCGGAAUUGUUGAGGUUAACUUGGAUAGGCCAGGAGUAAAAAAUGCCAUAGGGUGGGACAUGCUGAGAGGAUUGCAGCAUAGUUUUGAAGCUAUAAGUAGGGAUUCUUCUGCAAACGUUUUAAUGAUUCGCAGUUCAGUUCCCAAAGUGUUCUGUGCAGGUGCUGAUUUGAAGGAAAGGAAGACCAUGAGUUCAUCUGAGGUUCAAGAUUUUGUAAAUACUUUGCGCUCCACUUUCUCAUACUUAGAGGCGCUUCAUAUCCCUUCUAUAGCUGUUGUUGAAGGUGCAGCAUUUGGUGGAGGGCUUGAAAUGGCUCUAUCUUGCGACCUCCGGAUUUGUGGAGAGGAUGCUGUGUUGAGUAUGCCAGAAACGGGGCUUGCCAUCAUACCUGGAGCAGGUGGCACCCAACGGCUUCCUAGAUUGGUUGGAAGAUCAGUGGCAAAGGAACUUAUAUUUACUGGUCGGAAAAUUUGUGGCAGAGAUGCAGUUUCUAUGGGCCUUGCCAAUUACUGUGUUCCUUCUGGUGAAGCUCAUUUAAAAGCCCUCGAAAUUGCUCAGAGUAUAAAUCAAAAGGGUCCAUUGGCAAUUAGAUUGGCCAAGCGAGCCAUCAAUGAGGGCUUUGAGGUAGAUAUGGCAUCGGCUUUGGCGUUCGAAGAAGAGUGCUACGAACAGCUUUUGAACACAAAAGAUCGCUUGGAAGGCUUGGCAGCAUUUGCCGAGAAGAGAAAACCUAAAUAUGUUGGCGAAUGAAGAAGAAAAUAGUCUAAUUACUUGCAUCUAGUGAUAUUUUUACCGCUUGUGCCUAAUAAUAGCCAUCCUCUUUCAUCGUUAAAACCUGGGAAUACCAAAUGCUGGUUAUACCUCUUACUUUUUACUAAUAUCAGUUACUAGUUUGGUUCUGAUGUGGGAAUAUUUGGGAUUCUAAACAUGUACCCAUGUAUAAUGUGAGGUAGGCUACUUUGAAUUGUGAAAAAGCUUCUUCUGAGGUUAAUGGAGGAUUCAUUUAUAAAAA